AAAUAGAAAAAAAACGAAAAAUUUAAUUAAAAUUUGUUAUUAAUAGAAACUAUAGCUAAAACCAAAGUGCAAAUAGUGAAAGAUUUUCGCCUGAACAUUCGGCUCGGCUCUAAGCAAAUUGUUUGACUUUUUUUUUCGCUCCAAUUGCAACAAAAAAAUGACCAUUAGGAACAUUUGAAUUACAAACAAACAAAAAAAAAAACACUAAAAUCAUACGCAAAAGAAAAGGAAUCAAAAUCAGCUCCACUUAUGGCAGUCAUGGACACGGCGAGUUCCAGGGAACUGGAUGUUGAGACAGAGAAAGUACCCCGAAUUGGUCUACGUCAUUUACAGGCACUUCUGCUCUUCAUUGGUCUGGUGGUCAACACAAUACUCCAAUUCAAUGUGGGAGUGGCCGUGGUGGCCAUGACAAAGGCCACAUCCACAAAUGUGGAUACGCCGCACUUCAACUGGACCGAACAGGAAAAGUCUUAUAUUUUGUCCAGCUUCUAUUGGGGAUCGGCGCUGACGCAGUUUCCCGGUGGCUAUCUAUGCAAACGCUUUGGCGCCAAACUGGUGCUCUUCUUGGGCAGCAUUGGUUCGGCUAUGCUGAGUGCUGGAACUCCGCAUGGCGUCUAUGCAGCCGGUUGGCAAGCCUUCUGUGUGAUUCGUUUUCUGCAGGGUCUGUGCCAGGGCGUGACAUUGCCUUGCAUACAUCAGCAUCUGGCCAACUGGGCCCCGGAGGUGGAGCGCACCCGUCUGGGUGCCUUUGCCUAUACAGGGUUCGAUUGUGGAAAUGUUUUGGCCAUGUAUGCAGCAGGCGUGAUAGCCAGCUCCUCCCUGGGUUGGCCUGGCAUAAGCUACUGCUCGGCGGGAUUGGGUCUUGCGUGGUCCUUGCUCUGGCUAUUGUUGGGUGCAAAUCGAGUCAAUGAGGCCAGUUGUAUUAGUACGGCCGAGAAGCGUUAUAUAACCGGCGAUUUGCAGCGUUGCGCUAAGCAAGAACGUAAAAUGCCCAUACCCUGGCGAGGAAUAUUCACCUCGGCUCCGGUCUAUGCGUUGCUAUGUGCCCGUUGUGCGGAUACUUGGGGUCUGGCCACCAUGCAGGCCGAAUUGCCAGCCUAUUUGAGUGGCGUUCUGGAAUUGAAGAUGGAGAGCAAUGCCUUGUUUUCGGCCCUGCCGUUCCUUUUGAUGUGGGGCAUGUGCUAUGUCUAUCUGAUCGUGGCCGAUACAAUACUCAAACACAAGUGGUUAAGUCUCACGGCCCUGCGUAAGGUGUACAAUAGUAUAGCUCUCUGGUCGCCAGCUCUCAUUAUGCUGAUUCUGGGUUUUGUGGGCAGAGAUCAGAAACCGCUAGCCCUCGUCCUGUGCACUCUGAGUGUGGGCGUUAGCAGUGCGGCAACAAUUGGCAGUGAAUUGAACACCAUCGACCUCUCGCCCAUACAUGCUGGCAUUCUGGCCGGCAUAAUGAGCACCUUCACCAAUCUGGUAGCUCUGAUGACGCCCCUUGUCGUGGGCGUUCUGGUACAGGAUCCCACUCAACGUAGCCAAUGGCAGGUGGUCUUUACAAUUGCCGCCUUCUUUCUAUUCAGCGGCAAUGUCGUCUAUUUGAUAUGGGGCACAGCAGAGACACAGCCAUGGAAUAACUGGGGCAGGGAACAAUCCCAUCUGCCAGAGGAGGAGCCAUUCGAGAAUGCCAAACUCGAAAUUGCCGGAGAUGGAGCAACAUUCAAUGGUGUUUGUAAGUCCACAUGAGAAUCAUUUCAAAUGAAAACAUAACUUUUCAAUGUACUUAAUUACAUUUAUUUAUAAAUACUAUUUCGACAAAAAAAAAUAAAUCAUUCAACUAUUUUGUACAGAGA